AGGACGACCAUAUCGGCCACGCUUUUCAGGAAAAAAACGCCCUAUCACGUAGUUCCCGGCGAUCUUCUAUUCUUCGUGAACGACCUCUGAGAGUGAGAUUUGAGCAUAGCUCCAUCCUUCAUCUACUAGCCAACUAAAUUUUAAAAAACACUUCUCCGAAAUCCUGUUUUAUACAUUAGAAAAGAACAAGGCGCAUACUAACGUAAAGGUAGGAGCUCCAAGGGUACAGUAUCGCACGCAUAAUGACCUCCGCCACCUCCCGUCCCCGUUCCAAGUCCCCAACGGCGGAUGUAUCGUAUCCCGGAGAAAAAAGCAGGCAGGGCAGAUUUGUAAUGCAAAAAUAAAUACGCAGAAAAAUCUGGCAUGGGCGGCCACAUAGCAUGUUGUUUCGGUUAUGUAAUACAGAUUUUUUUGCAUAUUUAUUUUUGCAUUACAAAUUUGACCUGGCUGCUUUUUUCUGUGUGAUAUAUCGCUUCACUCGUUCACGCCGGUCGUGCUUCCCAUGGCCCGGGAGAUAAGCGCGUGCGCGUCGAAAAGAGGCCGUCGAAACGGAAAGACCCCGCCCUCUCCAGCUACAACGACUACAAAGAUGAAGCAAACUGACCGGUUCGUCAUUGACAAACCCCACGGCAAGUUGAAUCACAGCUUCACGCCGAUCCGCUCCAUGCAAAAUGGCGAGCGGUACAGAUCGUCAAGCAGGACUUCUUCUACUUCUACAGGGGCUUUCGCUCUCGACGGCAUUGGCGAAGAUCAUGGCACAACAAUUGACAGGAGACUUACAUCAUUCCCUCCACCACAUCACCACGCCGUGGUACAGAAGCUUACACACCAUAAUAAUAGUUCCGGCAAAAACCACGAUUAUCACUUCGAGACCCACUUCCUGCAUCAGUGGAGCGAUUCGGAGCAGCGGCACGUUUGUAAAAGAUACAUGGAGAAACACCAUUGUGAGACCAACGACGCGGGCUACGAACCGAGGAUAACGAAAAACCAGGUGAAGGCCUUUCUGCUGGAUGUGUGCGGAGUCGAAGUUUUGCUGCAGUAUUCCCUGAAAAUUAACCAUCCCCAUCCGAUUUGUCAUGCAAAACAUGUAGCAAGUUCUGUGUCUGUCAUGCAAAAACUGGGUAGGGAAGGUUAAUUUUUUUCCUGGCAUAUGCAGUUACUGGAUGUGACAGGGUUUGGGGUGCGAUUUGGCGGGGGCGACGUUGAGCAGAAGCACAUUCGGGAAGAUCUAGACGAAUUAUUGGAGAAGGUGUUGGCGAACAUGAAAAUUCUUGCGGGUACGGAGUUUGAUUUUCGGACUACGACGUUCAGUGAGAGGGAAUUCUCCUUCGUGUUUCAGGCACUGUGGAAAACGCUGGCUUCGUAAAGAAGCUUGAAAGUGCUUUGAGUUGUAUCGACGUUUUUGAAACGACGAGUGGAAGGGAAUUUCUGAACAAGAUUCUGAGGCAAGGACAAGGAGGAUUCUAUAUAAAUCUAAAUGCGCAUCCGAUAUGAAUCGAAAGUAUCUGACGCGUCUGCACUUCCGAGUUCCGACUCAGGAAAAAAACUGGUAUUUCCCAGGAAUUGUCUCCGAGGAAUUGUCUCUGAGGCUGGUCGUGUUGGUUCCGACGCGUUGGUGCAAAUGCCUCGCAUGUUUCGCGUUUUGUAGCACCGCAAUACUCUAGUAAACAC